CGACAACACGACAAUCCCAACGCCAACAUCUACAAUGGCCGCCGAAAAGCAAGCUCGUACCGGCCUCGCCGUCGGUCUCAACAAAGGACACAAAACCGAGGCUCGUGUCUCCAAGCCCAAGGUUAGCAGAACCAAGGGUCACUUGAGCAAGCGCACUGCGUUUGUCAGAGAUAUCGUCAAGGAGGUUUCUGGUCUCGCACCAUACGAGCGCAGAGUCAUCGAAUUGCUCCGUAACAGCAAGGACAAGCGUGCCCGUAAGCUCGCAAAGAAGAGGCUCGGUACUUUCGGACGUGCUAAGGCCAAGGUCGACGAGCUCCAAGGUGUCAUUGCCGAGUCCCGCAGAGCCGGUCACUAAAUUCCCAACCUCAUAUUCUCUCACCACGAAGAAAUCACAUCUCAUCUCUCCAAUACAAUGGAUUGAUAUAUGGGUUUAUGAUGGAUCUCCACAUUUACACAAGUCAAGCAUAUGGGAAUUGGAGCUGUAACAAUGAAGAAUUUUACGAGUUACUAUGAUUCUGGGAAUUGGGAUCUGAAGUUGCUAUUAUCAAUAGCAUUCAUGAAGAUUUCA